CAAGUGGAGGAGGUGAAAAGCAAGAGAGGAGGUGGAGUCGUGUUCAGAGGGAGGAAAACCCAGUAGAAGAGCAGGGGAAAAAAAGAGAAAAACUACCAGACACAACAAUAUCGGGGGGAGGACGGUGGAUUAACUGUGCCAACUGAGGCAAUUCAAAUUAAGAGAAGCGUCGCUGUGAAGAAGGGAGGACAGCAAGAUGAUAACGCCCUAUUUCCUGGAAAAUUUCUGGGGCGAUAAAAAUAAUGGAUUUGAUGUACUGUACCACAACAUGAAACAUGGCCAGAUAUCCAGCAAGGAGCUAUCAGACUUCAUCAGAGAAAGAGCCACCAUAGAGGAGGCGUAUUCAAGAUCAAUGACCAAACUGGCCAAGACUGCCAGCAACUGCUCUCAGCUAGGGACGUUUGCACCGGUGUGGGAUGUGUUUAAACAGUCCACCGAAAAACUGGCAGCGUGUCACAUGGAGCUGGUUCGCAAACUUCAAGAGCUCAUCAAGGAAGUCCAGAAAUAUGUGGAGGAACAAGCCAAAAAUCAUAAGAAGACAAAGGAGGAGGUGGCGUCCACACUGGAGGCUGUGCAGAACAUCCAGAGUGUGUCACAGGCCUUACAGAAGAGCAAAGAGAACUACAUCAACAAGACACUAGAGCAAGAACGCAUGCGUAAAGAGGGGGCCACACAGAGAGACCUGGACAAGGCUGGACUGAAGGUCAAGAAAGCCACAGAGACCUAUAAGUCAUAUGUGGAGAAAUAUGCCAAUGCAAAGACAGAAUUUGAGCAAAGAAUGACAGAAACCGCACAGAAAUUCCAGGGCAUUGAAGAGGAACAUGUACUGCGUAUGCAGGAGAUUAUCCAUUCAUACUGUCAGUCUGUUGAAGAGACACAUAUACAGAUAGGAGAGGUCCAAGAAGAAUUUGUGAAAAACAUGGAGAACACUUCUGUUGAGAGCCUCAUACAGAAACUGGCAGAAAGCAAAGGAACAGGCAAAGAGAGACCAGGGCCCAUUGAAUUUGAGGAAUGUAAUGUCUCAAUCGCCACAGAAGGUGCCAAACCCAGAAAAAGGAAAACUUUUGCCAUACCAGGCCGACGGAGAGAUAAAGACACAGAUUCCACUGAAUCGGCUGAAGUAGAAGCAGUUAACGCUUCCAAUGGAGCUCCCCCAGGUUUCUACGGUCCUAUAGAUCUUCAUAACGCCAAUGUGCCUCAGCUGGACGAGGAGGGCUUCUGUAUCCGACCAGAAGUCAACGAGAAUGAUGCCAAAGAGAACUCCUUUUAUUCAUCCAGCGACUCAGAAGAUGAGGACGAGCCAAGAAAAUUCCACGUCCAGAUCAAGCCUGUGCAGACAAACAACGGCACACACCAGCACAAAGCCACCAUCGACGAGCUGAAGGCCUCCAUUGGAAACAUCACGCUCUCGCCCACCCCUGCCGUUCAUAUGAAGAAGAACCAAUCCAGAAUGACACGACAACAAACAUUCCCUGCUAUAAAACCAAAGUCAGGUGAUGAACUGGCACGAACCAAGAUACCGCAGACAUCCUUUAAUGAUAGAUUAGCCAGUAAUGACCUGCUGUCUUUGGAUCCAUUUGGCCCGACCAGCACCAGCUCCAGCUCCUCUAUACCCCACUCAUCAGAAGUGGAUUUACAAUCGGAGCCCACCUCUCCUUCAGCAGUCAGUCUUGAGAUUACCGAGGCUACUGCUUUUCCCCUUCCCACCAAACUCCGUCCUCCUGCCGGUCUUGCCAAGCCAUGCUCUGUGCCGUUCCCUGUUCUCUCCUCUCCUUCCUCCACCUCUCAUUGGGAGCUCCCUGAUGAAGCUGUCGCUCCCCUCCACCCUGGCCCAGCUCGAGCUAUGAGUGUGCCUCCAGCCCUGCAGGCUGCUCCUAAGGACUAUGCUCCCCACAAGCCCCCUCUCAGUGCUCCCGUCACUGGUCCAGAUGCACAAUCAUCCUGGGCCCAGAGCCAAUGGAUUGCCUUUAAUGAUGCCUUUCUGCCAUGUCGUGGACUGUCCCAUCAACCAGCAAGGCCUCGGUCCGUGCCCGUUUCUCAACAGCCCAAGCUUUUCUCCAGAGAGCCUGCUGACCCAUUUGGCAGCUUUGGGAGAGACUUUCUAACGGGAGCACCAGCUCGACCCAUGCAGGAUGUACCACCUCCAAACAGGCCAACCACUCCCCUGGGCACAGCAACCAUUGUCCCACCUCCAAGACCAUUAUCCCGGCCCAAACUGCCAGCAGGCAAACUGACAGGCAUCAAUGAGGCUGGCCGACCAUUCAGCCCUCCUAAGAUGUCCAACUCCAGCCCUCCUCCCGCUGCUCCUCUGGCUCGUGCCGAGAGCUCCUCCUCUCUCAGCUCCAACACCUCGUUGAACGCCAGCAACACACCAACUGUCGAGGACGAUCUGUUCGUGGGAAAACUGCCCACAUUUGAGAAGAGAUGUGAGACUCCUGCAGGGACAUCUCGUGGGCCCAGUCCAGUGACACUGGCUUCCCAGGAUGCAUUGCCCAUUGCAGUAGCAUUCACAGAAUCAGUUAAUGCCUAUUUCAAAGGAGCAGAUCCCAGCAAGUGCAUUGUGAAGAUCACAGGAGACAUGACCCUGUCCUUCCCCAGUGGCAUCAUCAAGAUUUUCACCUCUACUCCGUCUCCUGCUGUACUCAGCUUCAAACUCUCAAACACUAGCAGAUUAGAGCAAAUCAUGCCCAACCAGCAAUUACUGCACAGUGACUCCUCCCAGAGCGACACAAACACUAAAGACUUUUGGCUGAACAUGCCUGCACUGACAGCAUACCUCAGGAAGAGCUCUGAGCAGAACCCUGCUGCAUCCUAUUACAAUGUGGACGUCUUAAAGUACCAGGUAUGUUCAAAUGGGAUUCAGUCAACUCCUCUGAACCUUGUGGUGUAUUGGAAAUGCACUUCUAGUACUACAGACCUGCGAGUGGACUACCGAUACAACCCAGAGUCCAUGCAGCCCCCCGCAGCUCUCACCAAUGUACAGGUGUUAGUGCCCGUCAGUGGCGGAGUCACAAACAUGCAGUCACUUCCCAAUGCCAACUGGAACGCAGAACAGAGUAAGUCAUUAUGGAAACUGAGUGAUAUCUCUGACAAGUCUGAAAAUGAAGGCUCUGGUUCUUUGAGAGCAAAGUUUGAGCUGUCUGAUGGUCCAUCCAUCCCUGCCACCCUGGCCGUUCAAUUCUUCAGUGAAGGCAGCACUCUGUCUGGUGUAGAUAUGGAACUGGUCGGCUCCGGUUACCGUCUCUCCCUCAAUAAGAAGAGAUUUGCCACUGGCCGCUAUAUGGCUGACUGCUGAGAUCUGAGCAGAGGCCUGUCCGCUCUCAAAUGCAGGGAAUCUGGAGGUUAAUUUCUGUUCAUUCAUUAAUUCUGUCACUGGUUCGCAAUGAUAUUUAUGGAGGAUCGUUAGGGGGGAUGGAAAAAGAGAGCUGUCUGGGUGAAGGCCUCUCAUGCUUCUGUUUCCUCUCCACGUUCUGAACGAUCCAGUUCCAGUGAAGCACCUUCUGGAGAUUCAAGAUUUUUAUACUCUAUUAACGUAGCACUGAAUAUCAAACACUGUGUACAAAGAAAAAUAAAAAAAAGAAAAAAGAAAAGAAAAGAAAAAAUGAGGAAUGUCAGGAUAUUGGCGAAUGAAAUCAUUAAUCUUUGAUACUUUUCGAUCAAUUCAGACUUUUAUAAAGUCAGAAUGGUAGUGUUUGUAAUUUUGAUGUGUAUAGUUAACAAUUUGUAAUAUGAAUUAUAUGUGGAUAAACAUACAACAUAUCUAGGCAAAAAAAGGACAAAAAAAACUGCACUAACAAUCUUUCUGGAUAUUUGUUGAGCAUUCAUUUCUCCAUUUGUAUUCACCCAAAUGUAAUUCACAAUUACAAUGAGGAGAACAAAAUGUGGGAAAAAACAAGGAAAAAAAGAGAGGCAAGAGAAAAGCCUCAGCAAUAGAUCACUUCAUUCUCACAAGAAAGCCUUACUUCUUGUCCAUGGUCUUUUCCAUAACUAAGCAUUGCACAUCCGUCUGAUAAAUUUAGAUCCCAAUUUUUUGUUGUUUUCAGUUUCAUUUUUUUCCCUUCCGUUGUAUUUUUCAUUAAGCUUUCAAAAUUGCAUUUAUGGAUUGUUUUUAAAGUUUAGUGCCAUUUUCACGUUAACAUUGUCAAGAGAACCUACUGGUUAGUCAUGUGUCUUGCUUAACAGCAAAAGGAAACUUAUCCCUGACCUCAGUGCCUCUUUUUUGUUACUUAAAAUAAUUAUACAGGAAAAUUUGCAUGUUUAAAAGUCUAAAAGACCCAUGUUUUCCCCUUUUUAUAUUAUGACCUUUCCUCUUCUACAUUUUUGAAGUGCCAGUUCAGUUCUUUAUGCUUCCUGAUGGGAUGCUGAAGGGAAAACACUGCCUAAACUUUAGCCUUUGUCCUUCAAACCCCUUUAGAGUACUUUACCUAAACAGUUCACUGCAAAGGAAUGCUGUUCCCGUUUUAGAUGUCAUCCAGGUGUUUUCUGUAAUGCCUUAUAGAUGUGUGCAGAAAUGAUACCAAAAUCUUCACUGUGAGAAAAUUCUAAUUACAAACGCUAACCUUACCAUUUGGGGAGAUCCUUGUUGAUAAACAGACCAAAAUAUUGUGAAUAUUAGCAUAUCAAGAUGGCAUGCACACUUUUUAGUGUAGUUGAUUAACAACGGACUACCAAUUUUUAGAUAAAUUAAUUUUUAAGGGACACUGUGUGUAUGUUUUCACCAAAUGUGCCGUCACGUCUGUUUUUGAGUGUUUAAAUGUUAAUAAUAACCUGAACGCAUUAGUUUCUUAAAAUUUCUUUUUUGCUUUGAGCAAGUUUGCCAAAUACAAAUCAAAAAGCACAAUGAUGCAAUGAGCCGGUGGAAGUUUAAAUGUGUGCAGGGUCUAACUGCCACGUAAGUUAGACCCUGACUGCCACGUAGAGUUCUUCUUUUUUUUUUUUUUUUUUUUUUUGCUGGAACCCAGUGGUGAGCAUUUACAGUGCUUUAAGGGGGUCUGUCCCCCAUACAAGGGCUAUUUGCCUUGUCCUCUUCAGAGGACCACAUCUCCAAGGGCUACCCCAAUCCCAGCGAUAGCCAACACCAUUUGUACCUUAAAAUGAAAAACACUAAUAAACACUAAACGCCACCAAUGAAGGAUGAAUCUAAAAACAAUGACAUUCUUUAGAAUUACGUCUUGUUUUCACCAGGAACUUUUUUUGUCUCUUCGAUAGCAGCCUAACAGUUUUCUGAAGUAACAACAUAAAGAUUUUAUAUUCAGAAUCAUCACUGUCUUUAUCACCUUUUUUAAUAUUUGUGAUUUUUAAUUCACUUGUAUUUAGUAUAAAAUGUGGUGUUGGUGUCAGUACAGAGGCAGAAAUCAACUGGUGAACAUCCUGGUCAAUGUAGCAUCCGAAUACAAUACAAUAUUGGCUUCUUUAAGUGAAUAUCAACUAAUUGUGUAGUUAGCGAGCUGGUUCUUGCUGCCUCUACAGCUACGUCAAUAUUCAAAGUAAUUUUGGAGCAUUUAAAAAGUUUCUUCUUUUAUUUCAUUCUUUUUAUGUCCACAUUCAAUUGCAUGGUAAAACAUUUGUGAUUUUUCUUUUCUUUUCUUUUUUAGACCACCUAAUGUAAAUUUUUACAAAUAUUUCUGCCAUGUUUCUCUGCUUUAUGAUGCUUUGUGUCAGUAAUAAAUGUGUAAUAUAUAAAUCUAUACAAAUAUAAGAAAUACUACAGAAUGCUAACUUGUCUGUCUUCUUUGUUUGCAUAGAUCUAUUCCGAAAUUAAGCUACGCUUCCUUCAUCAAAAAACAGCCCAUCAGCAAUAACUCAUCUUUUGUCACGAUUACGGUUAAGAAAAUGAGCAGCUUAUGGCAUCUGAGUCAUUUGAGAGAAUACACUGUAAAAAAAAAAAAAAAAUUGAGCCAACUUAAAAUUUUAAGGCAACCAGCUUCAGCAGAUUUUUGAGUUUUCUCAACUUGUCUUUUUAAGUUUAUACAACAAAAAUUUGAGAAUCUCCCACAAAAAUAAGUUUGUUUGUUUUACAGUGUAGUUGAUGUUUAGACUUUUUCCUAUAUGCACUAAUUUCACCAGCUAAUAUUGACAUUUAACUCCAAAUUGAAAUCUCACAAUGUGUGCUGCAUUCCCUUAAAAGUAACAUGCGUACAUUGCGUAUAUUUACACACUGACCUCUGGAAGACCUUGUUAUGUAUAUAUGAUUGUUUACUACUAAAUAAACUUUUAAUUUAUCAUUCAGAGCAGGUAACUGCUCUGAUGACUGAGUGCUACAGACACAGAUCAGGUUCUGAUUUGUAAACGUAACACUGUAACUCAUAAUUUUGGACUGUGCUUCAGCUAUUCAGUAUUGUUUCCAUGUAUUUAAGCAUUUUUCAUGCACUUGAUGGUUGAUUUCUACUUUGGAAAAGUAUGGAUAGAUUUAACGAUAAAGCAAUUCAACAUUCAGAUGUUUACACAGUCAUGCUUCUGAACACAUCUGCUGCACUUCCACUGCUCCUUGCAAAGUGAAAUAAAACUUGCCCACAUGUGCUAGCCAUCCGGCUUUCUUACGCACCUAAUGUGUGUGUCUUUUAUGUGUUUACAUAUGUGUCAGGGUUGUAGACCCCUUCAUGAACCCUUUCCAAAAAAAAAGGACUCUGCGCUU